AUGGCUCUGGUUCAAGUUCUGAUCACUUCUCUGGCUCUCGUGUCAAUUCUGAUCAUCACUCUGGCUGUGGUUCCUGUUCUGAUCAUUACUCCGGCAGUGGUUCCAUUUCUCAUCAUACCUCUGGCUCUGGUUCCAGUUCUGAUCAUCGUCCCGGCUCAGGUUCCAGUUCUGAUCAGCGUUCCGGCUCAGGUUCCAGUUCUGAUCACGUGUCCAGUUUUGAACCCCGUUCUGAUCAUACCUCUGGCUCUGGCUCCGGCUCCAGUUCUGAUCACGCCCAUGUCUCUAGUUCCAGUACUGGUCAUGCCUCUGGCUCUGGUUCCAGUUCUAAUCAUGCCUUUGGCUCUAGUACCAGUUCUGACAAUGCAUUUGGCUCUGGUUCUAGUUCUGAUCACAUCUCUGGUUCUGGCUGUUGUUCCAGUUCUGAUCAAGAACCUGGCUCUGAUUCAAGUUUUAAUCACGCCCCUGACUCUGGCUCCAGUUCUGAUCAUGCCUCUGGCCUUAGUUCCAGAUCUGAUCAUUCCUCUGUUUCUGAUCAAGAACCUGGCUCUGAUUCAAGUUUUAAUCACGCCCCUGGCUCUGCCUCUAGUUCUGAUCACGCCUCUGGCCUUAGUUCCAGAUCUGAUCAUUUCUCUGUGUCCGCCUCUGGUUAUGUUUUAG